AUGUCGCUGGUCGCCUACGACGCCUCCUCCGACGAGGAAGACGCCGGCGAGCCUCCCGCCGCAGAGGCGCCACAGCCUGCCCCUAUCGGUCCGCAGCCAAGGCCUCCGUCUCCUUCUACGGCGGUGGGCGCAGCUCAUCGGCCUACGCCGCCGCCGCCGGCAGCCAGCCAGAGUGUAGCACUGAUUAAUUCGAGUAACGUUUCUCUGCCCACACCAUCAUUAGACCUACCAGAUGUUGCAGACCUCUUUGCUCCCCCUGCAGACAAUGCAUCAAGGAAGAGAGAAUCAAACGGGUCUGCUCUUCAUGACUCGUGCAGUAAAAUUCCAAGGAUGCAAUCACAACCCCAAGGCAUAAGAAGUGCUGCAGGGAACACUCUAAUUCCACCACAGCUUCGUGGAAGGAGCAAUGUUGUUACUGAAGACAUGAGCAAACUCUUUGUGGCUAAACGAAAAGAGUAG